AUCUAAAAUUCGACGUGGGGGAAGGGGGAUUCAUGUUUAAUUACUAUAAUACGCUUGUUGCAACUUCUGAGAAAGACGUCGGCCCAGUUUUAUCUGUGGGUUUGUUGGGUUAUGGCCUUAUGGGUAGAUCUGACAUUGGGUCUCUAGGGAGUUUGGUCCUGAACAGAUUGGACUGGGCUUUGCAAAACGUACAAGAAGGAGCAUACAGAGGCAGCUCAACUCACAGGAGCUUCUUGUCUCCCACAAGAGGUUCUUGGGGAACUGCACAUCAGUCAUCGCUUGGAAAAAAUAAAUAUGCUAAUGUUGAUCACUCUCCUACGAUUGACCAUGGUUUUGAGGCUAAUGACUGUAAUAUGGGGCCAAAGGAGCUUCGUCAGUCACUUGUAGAUCAAGGAAGUGGAGCUUGUAUUGAUUUUACUAUUCCCACGGAUGACACUGAGGAAAAUGGAUCUGAAGGUGGGUUCCCUGAUUUUGGACAUGAUUUUGAUGUGCCAGAGAGCAUGACUAUGAAGGAAGAUGCUUCUUUUCACCAUGACAAGCAUGGUGCUGCUAUGGCUCAUUUUGGAACUGAUGAAGCAUUUGACAAUGUGGGUCCCAGUUCUCAAGAAACUCUGGAAGAUCUGUGUCGCUCUCACCUUGUGAACAAUGGAGAUGUUGACUUGGAUAGAAGUGGAGCUCGAAAUGAGCCUGUCUGUUACUCGUCCAUGAAUCCUUUCCACAUACGGCUUCUUGAUCAUGACAGGAGAAGAAUGAAAACUCCAUUUCAACUCUCCAAAAAGAGAGGUAAAUCACCAGUGACAAAAGAAUCAACAAAAUGUGAAGGGGAUAAAUCUGCAUUUUCUCCAGCCAUCAAUUCAGCUUCAGAAAAUGGAUCAACAAUAAUUUCAUCACGACCGAAUUGCAAAGUUUCUGCCAAGCUUAGAGUGAAGGAUAAAUCCAAAGCUUCCCGCUCAAAUAGCUGCAUGGCAAUGACAAUAAGCAUGCCCGCACCUGAUUCCUCAUGGCGAGCUGCACAGCAGGUCAUCUCGGAGUGCAAACGCGGACUGAAGGACUUCUGGUUUGGUGCAAUUACAUUGGCGCCGUCUGUGGGAAACCAAACUGAAAGCUUUCUUGUUGCUCUUUCAUCAUGGUUCAUACUCGAUCAGUCCGAGUUGGCAAUUCAUCUCUGCCCCUUGGGCAAGGUCAACCCCCCAACAAUCUUCCACCUCUGAUCCCACCUCAACUCCAACUCCCACCUCAGCUUCCACCUCAGGCCCCAACUAUGUUCCCUCCUAUUGAUCAUGCAGAAGGAGGAGAUGAAAACCAACCUCAUGCCUCAGUUCACAACUCAACUUCCACUGCCAAUCAAGACAUAGUUGCAAC